AUACAUACAGUAUACAUUUACAUUUCUCAAUAAAGAUAAUUGUAGACUGUAGUUUUUAAAGAGAUAAGCAACUCUGUGCAACUUCCGUUCUGUGUUAAUUUUUCUGCCAUCUUCAGUUGUGAGAUAGGAAGAAAAAUCAUGUUUCUAUAGUUCUUCAACUCAAACAAGAUGUUUCACUGUGGAUGAGUGGGAUGAUUUUUCUUUUCCUUUUUUCUUAAUAUCAUUGUUUAUUACUAUAAGCUGCUAAUUUAAACAAGAUAAAGGCAAUAACUGACCCCAAAAAAUAUAUUUUUGUGGUUAGGAUCCCACAGAAAUGUCACAAACCUGGUUCAGCCAGAUAAGAAAUUUCAUUGCAGGUAAUAAUUAAGCCAUAUGAAACAGCUGACUGCCUAUAAUGUAAGUUGGUCUUCUAUCUGCAGUGAUUCAGAUGCUUAGCUUCCCCCUUCUCAUGAAUUAACAAAUUCUUUGUGUAGCUGUUUGUGGCCUUAAAACUGAUUGUUGAAUGUUAACAUAAUUACCAACACUGACUCUUGGCAUACUUUUCACAUGUAGUAUACUACCACACAGUUGUUUAAAUGCCAGGUAUCUUCCUCCCAAAAAGGAAAUGAAAGUUUAUUCUGCAUCAAAAUAAAUAUAUUUUCUAAAUUAUAGGAAGUAAUAAUUGCAUUACAUUUAAAGCCCUCUCAAGCACUAUAUUCAAUGUUGGGCAAUAUAGUUUAUGAUAAAUUCAAAAGAGUGCUAAUAACGGCAGUAAGGAUUAUGGGUGUGGAAAGAAAAGAGAAAUUGAAAAAUGUGUUCAACCUUGAGAUAAGAAGACUUGAUUGAGGGUGCAUUUAAUAGCAUCCUUAAAGAAGCUGAAGGAAUAUCAUACAGAAGAAACCUUGUUUUCUUGGUCCCAGGAGGGAGAAAAUAGUGCAAUGGGUUCUGACUUCAUGAAUUUCCCCCCCCCCCCAGCCUAAUGAGGUUAAUAGAUUUGCUACUAUUUUCUUCUGAACUAUGAAAAGGAAAGGUACAAAUUCCUUAUUGUGGUUAGAUGUUCAACAUCUCUGUAUGUGUGUGUGUAUAAAGAAAAACAAAAACAAAAACCCAAUGAAUUUUUUUUUAUGUGAGGUUAUUUAAUGACAGACUCAUUAAGUCACUUGAAAUGAAAUAAAAAAGACUAAAUGUUUGAAUUCCAGUAUCUUUUCCUUCUCAAAAGAGUUAGUACAGAAGAGUACAUGUUAAACAUCUGAAAAUAAGUUGUGGAAAAAAGUGAUAAAAAAUCUAUGAAAGUAAAAAAAGCGAUACAAAAUAAGUAUCAUUGGGUACGGUUUGUCAGCCAGCUAUAAAUUUGCUACUGUUUUCUUCUGAGCUAUGAAAAGUUAAGGUACAAACUCCUUUAUGAUGCUUAGAUGUUCAGUGUGUCUGUAGGUGUGUGUGUAUAAAAGAAAAAAAAUGAAAUUUUUUUAUGUGAGAUGAUUUAGCGACAGACUCAUUAAGUCACUUGAAAUUAAAUAAAAGAUUAAAUGUUUGAAUUUCAGUAUCUUUUCCUUGUAAAAAGAUUUAGUACGAAAUUAAUAGGGGUCAUAAGAAAUACAUGGGUUAGAUUAAUUGCAACAUGUUAUCUAUUUCUGGAAUAAACCAGUUAAGACAUCACAUGAGUUUUGAGAACUUGACCUGCUUGUCAUUUGCCUAAAAAGUUCAGGAGUUGCAUAUCCGGCCAAAUUCAGAAAUAAAACUAGAAAAGUACUUCUGCUUUCAUAGCAUCGGAAUAUUAUUAUGAGUUUCAUUGCAAUUAAUGUUCCAAUGUUUGUGAUUUGGCCAAAAGUCUAAUUCAAAUGGGUUGUGACUACUUCAACUUCCCUCCAUCUAUUUGGUGCUCACCUAUUGGGAGCAAUGGGAAAGAUGGCCAGAGAACCAGACAAAUAUCCAUUCCAUUAUAAUACAUUUCCAUGGAAGCACCAAGAAUCAAUAUAAGAUCUAAAUUAAUAUAAUAGUUAAAGACCAAAAGAAGGAAAACUACACAUUAGAGAUACAUGAACGCUUCAGCAAGCCCUUGAAGCCUUAAGGAAAGAAUAUCACAGAGGCUUAAUGAAGAAUGGAAGUCUGUUUCUCAUUCUGAAUUUUGAUCACAAGAGGUCGCUGUUUCCUAAGGAAACUCUCUAAAUGAAACUGAAAAUACAGAGCCCCUCCCUCAAAGGGACAGACAUUCCUGCCAGCCAGAUCCACAAGGAAAAUCUCGAACAACAGAGAAAGCUCAACAAGCCAAGAUUCAACCUAUGAACGCAUUGCCAGUAUGGCUGGGGUAGGUGGUCUCUGCUCCUGACACCUUUGAGACAAGAUAUUUAGAGAAAAAGAGAAGAGCUUGUUGGUGUUGUGCCAGUGUCUGCAAUGCUUACCUGGCCGAAGGGGCUGCUGCAGCUGCUUCUGCUCCACACCGCCUGGAAAAUGGGGAGCGGCCAGCUCCAUUAUUCUGUGUUGGAGGAAUCCCAGCACGGCACCUUUGUGGGCCGCAUCGCCCAGGAUCUGGGGUUGGAGGUGAGCGAGCUGGUGCCUCGGAUGUUCCGGAUGCUGUCCAAAGGAGAGAAGGACUAUUUUGAGGUAAACCUGCAGAAUGGGAUCUUGUUUGUAAAUUCCCGGAUAGACAGGGAGGAGCUGUGUGCCAAGAAUGCAGACUGUGUCCUUCAUCUGGAGGUGAUUGUGGAGAAACCUCUGAGGUUCUUCCAUGUGGAGGUUGAAGUCAAAGACAUUAAUGACAAUGCUCCCAUCUUCUCAGCCAGGGAACAGAUGCUGAGCAUGGCUGAACUGAUAAAAACUGGUACCCGAUUCCCUUUAGAAGGUGCCUCUGAUGCAGAUAUUGGUACUAACACUCUGUUAACAUACAAGCUCAGCCCAAGCAACCAUUUUAUUCUUGAUUCAGAAAAUGAUGAAGAUGAGAGUAAAUCUGUAGUACUUCUAUUGAAGGUUCCACUUGACAGAGAGGAGAGCCCUGUGCAUCAUUUAGUACUGACAGCCACUGAUGGGGGUGAACCAAAACUCACAGGAACUGUUCAGCUAGUCAUCAAGGUGCUGGAUGUCAAUGACAACCCUCCUGUGUUUAACCAAUCUGCUUAUAAGGUAAAGUUGCUAGAAAAUACAGCUAGUGAGUCAUUAGUUAUUGCUCUGAAUGCUGCAGACUUAGAUGAAGGGAUUAAUAGGGAAAUCUCUUAUUUUUUUAGUAAUAAAGCACCUCCACAUGUCACAAAGAUAUUUAGUAUAAAUUCUGAUAUUGGGGAAAUCAGAAUGAUUGGAAAAUUGGAUUACGAAGAAAGUAAGUUCUAUGAACUUCCAAUCAUAGCAGAAGACAAAGGCAGUCCUCAAUUAUCAGGACACUGUAAAGUUCUCAUUGAGGUUUUGGACAUGAAUGACAACGUUCCAGAACUAUCUGUGAAUUCUCUCUCUGUGCCAUUGCCAGAGAACUCCCCUCCAGGGACUGUGGUAGCCAUAAUCAGUGCUUCUGACAAGGAUUCUGGAAUCAAUGGGCAGAUAAACUGUUUCCUCUGGCCCACUGGUGUACCCUUCAAACUUGAAUCUACAUUCAAGAAUUACUACUCCCUGAUCGUUGGUGCAGUUCUAGAUCGAGAGCAGAUGGCUGAGUACAGGAUGGUUGUGACAGUUGAAGAUCAGGGCGUUCCACCACUGUCUUCUAGUCUCACCAUUUUAGUGCCUAUUAGUGACAUAAAUGACAAUGCUCCGGCUUUCACACAGCCCUCCUACACAGUCUUUGUAAAGGAGAACAAUCCCCCUGGUGCUCACAUUUUCACAAUGUCUGCUGGGGACCUAGAUAUAGCUGAGAAUGCCCUGAUCACCUAUUGGAUAGAUGAGAAGCUCUGGCCAUUGUCAAGCUAUAUCUCUGUACAUUCAGAGAGUGGAAAACUUUAUGCUUUGCAGUCUUUGGACUAUGAGGAGUUGAAACUGCUGGAGUUCCAUGUGAGAGCCAAGGAUGCUGGAAUGCCCUCCUUGUGUGGCAAUGCGACUGUUCAAGUCUUUGUGAUGGAUGAGAAUGACAAUGCACCUGCUCUAUCAAGGUCAUCAGAAGAGAAUCUGAUUCUUCUAGUGGUCCCCAUGAUGCCUGGGCAUAUUGUAGGCAAGGUCCAUGCCUUGGAUGCAGAUUCUGGAUACAAUGCAUGGCUAAAGUAUGAAUUGGUUGAAGAAAGCAAUAGUCCAUGGUCUGUGGGGCAGUAUAGUGGUGAGGUGAGCACCAAAUAUUCUCUAGAAGAAUCAGAAGGAAGCAAAAUCCACAGUGUUUUGGUUCUUGUGAAGGACCAUGGAAAACCUCAACUGUCAGCUACAGCCACCUUGAGUGUGUCACUUGUGACAAAUGGUCAGACAAUGAAAACGGAUAUUAAUCUUCAAAGGUCAGGUGAAAACUUUGUGCCCCUUGUGGACUCAAUCAACGUCUAUCUGAUCAUUGCCAUCUGCUCUGUUUCCAGCCUCUUCUUGUUGGCUACUCUCAUCUACAUGGCCCUGCGAUGCCACUGCAAGGAAAAGGAACCCAUGGUGUAUGGCCCUGGCAUGGCCACCCUGGUGUGUGCCAGCGAAGUGGGCAGCUGGUCCUAUUCCAAUCGCCACAGCCACAUCCUGGCAGGUGUGAGUGCAGAGGCUGGUAUCAAGAGCGAUCUCAUGAUUUUCAGUCCCAAUAUUCCUGUCUUUGCAGAUAAUGGGGAACUUAUCAAUGGGGUGGAUGUGCCCCCAGAUUCUGCUAAAAAGAUAUUUAGAGAAAAAGAGAAGAGCUUGCUGGUGUUGUGCCAGUGUCUGCAAUGCUUACCUGGCCGAAGGGGCUGCUGCAGCUGCUUCUGCUCCACACUGCCUGGAAUGGGGAGCGGCCAGCUCCAUUAUUCUGUGCUGGAGGAAUCCCAGCAUGGCACCUUUGUGGGCCACAUCGCCCAGGAUCUGGGGUUGGAGGUGAGCAAGCUGGUGCCUCGGAUGUUCCGGAUGCUGUCCAAAGGAGAGAAGGACUAUUUUGAGGUAAAUCUGCAGAAUGGGAUCUUGUUUGUAAAUUCCCAGAUAGACAGGGAGGAGCUGUGUGCCAAGAAUGCAGACUGUGUCCUUCAUCUGGAGGUGAUUGUCGAGAAACCUCUGAGGUUCUUCCAUGUGGAGGUUGAAGUCAAAGACACUAAUGACAAUGCUCCUAUCUUCUCAGCCAGGGAACAGAUCCUGAGCAUGGCUGAAUUGAUAACAGCAUCUGGUACUCGAUUUCCUUUAAAGGGAGCCUCUGAUGCAGAUAUUGCUACUAACGCUCUAUUAAAUUACAAGCUCAGCCCGAACAACCAUUUUAGUCUUGAUACAGGAAAUGAUGAAGAUGAGAGUAAAUCUGUAGUACUUCUAUUGAAGGUUCCACUUGACAGAGAGGAGAGCCCUGUGCAUCGUUUAGUACUGACAGCCACUGAUGGGGGUGAACCAAAACUCACAGGAACUGUUCAGCUAGUCAUCAAUGUGCUGGAUGUCAAUGACAACCCUCCUGUGUUUAACCAAUCUGUUUACAGGGUAAAGUUGCUAGAAAAUACAGUCAGUGGGUCAUUAGUUAUUAAUCUGAAUGCUACAGACUUAGAUGAAGGGAUUAAUAGGGAAAUCUCUUAUUUUUUUACUGAUAGCUUAGCUCCUCAUGUCACAAAGAUAUUUAGUAUAAAUUCUGAUACUGGGGAGAUCAUAGUGAUUGGAAAAUUGGAUUACGAAGAAAGUAAGUUCUAUGAACUUCCAAUUGUAGCAGAGGAUAACGGCAGUUCUCAAUUAUCAGGACACUGUAAAGUUCUCAUUGAGGUUUUGGACAUGAAUGACAACGUUCCAGAACUAUCUGUGAAUUCUCUCUCUGUGCCAUUGGCAGAGAACUCCCCUCCAGGGACUGUGGUAGCCAUAAUCAGUGCUUCUGACAAGGAUUCUGGAAUCAAUGGGCAGAUAAACUGUUUCCUCUGGCCCACUGGUGUACCCUUCAAAUUUGAAUCUACAUUCAAGAAUUACUACUCCCUGAUCGUUGGUGCAGUCCUAGAUCGAGAGCAGGUGGCUGAGUACAGGAUGGUUGUGACAGUUGAAGAUCAGGGCGUUCCACCACUGUCUUCUAGUCUCACCAUUUUAGUGCCUAUUAGUGACAUAAAUGACAAUGCUCCGGCUUUCACACAGCCCUCCUACACAGUCUUUGUGAAGGAGAACAAUCCCCCUGGUGCUCACAUCUUCACAAUGUCUGCUGGGGACCCAGAUAUAGCUGAGAAUGCCCUGAUCACCUAUUGGAUAGAUGAGAAGCUCUGGCCAUUGUCAAGCUACAUCUCUGUACAUUCAGAGAGUGGAAAACUUUAUGCUUUGCAGUCCUUGGACUAUGAGGAGUUGAAACUGCUGGAGUUCCAUGUGAGAGCCAAGGAUGCUGGAAUGCCCUCCUUGUGUGGCAAUGCGACUGUUCAAGUCUUUGUGAUGGAUGAGAAUGACAAUGCACCUGCUCUGUCAAGGUCAUCAGAAGAGAAUCUGAUUCUUCUAGUGGUCCCCAUGAUGCCUGGGCAUAUUGUCGGCAAGGUCCAUGCCUUGGAUGCAGAUUCUGGAUACAAUGCAUGGCUAAAGUAUGAAUUGGUUGAAGAAAGCAAUAGUCCAUGGUCUGUGGGGCAGUAUAGUGGUGAGGUGAGUACCAAAUAUUCUCUAGAAGAAUCAGAAGGAAGCAAAAUCCACAGUGUUUUGGUUCUUGUGAAGGACCAUGGAAAACCUCAACUGUCAGCUACAGCCACCUUGAGUGUGUCACUUGCGACAAAUGGUCAGACAAUGAAAACGGAUAUUAAUCUUCAAAGGUCAGGUGAAAACUUUGUGCCCCUGGUGGACUCAAUCAACGUCUAUCUGAUCAUUGCCAUCUGCUCUGUUUCCAGCCUCUUCUUGUUGGCCACUCUCAUCUACAUGGCCCUGCGAUGCCACUGCAAGGAAAAGGAACCCAUGGUGUAUGGCCCUGGCAUGGCCACCCUGGUGUGUGCCAGCGAAGUGGGCAGCUGGUCCUAUUCCAAUCGCCACAGCCACAUCCUGGCAGGUGUGAGUGCAGAGGCUGGUGUCAAGAGCGAUCACAUGAUUUUCAGUCCCAAUAUUCCUGUCUUUGCAGAUAAUGGGGAACUUAUCAAUGGGGUGGAUGUGCCCCCAGAUUCUGCUAAAAAGAGAAAAAGAGAAGAGCUUGCUAGUGUUGUGCCAGUUCUGCAAUGCUUACCUGGCCGAAGGGAAUGCUGCAGCUGCUUCUGCUCCACACUGCCUGGAAAAUGGGGAGCGGCCAGCUAUUAUUCUGUGCUCGAGGAAUCCCAGCAGGGCACCUUUGUGGGCCACAUCGCCCAGGAUCUGGGGUUGGAGGUGAGCGAGCUGGUGCCUCGGAUGUUCCGGAUGCUGUCCAAAGGAGAGAAGGACUAUUUUGAGGUAAACCUGCAGAAUGGGAUCUUGUUUGUAAAUUCCCAGAUAGACAGGGAGGAGCUGUGUGCCAAGAAUGCAGACUGUGUCCUUCAUCUGGAGGUGAUUGUCGAGAAACCUCUGAGGUUCUUCCAUGUGGAGGUUGAAGUCAAAGAUAUUAAUGACAAUGCUCCUAUCUUCUCAGCCAGGGAACAGAUCCUGAGCAUGGCUGAAUUUGUAACAUUAGUUACACAAUUUCCAUUAAAGGGAGCCUCUGAUGCUGAUAUUGGUACUAAUGCUCUAUUGACUUACAAGCUCAGCCCAAACAACCAUUUUGUUCUGGAUUCAGGAAAUGAUGAAGAUGAGAGUAAAUCUGUAGUACUUCUAUUGAAGGUUCCACUUGACAGAGAGGAGAGCCCUGUGCAUCGUUUAGUACUGACAGCCACUGAUGGGGGUGAACCAAAACUCACAGGAACUGUUCAGCUAGUCAUCAAUGUGCUGGAUGUCAAUGACAACCCUCCUGUGUUUAACCAAUCUGUUUACAGGAUAAAGUUGCUAGAAAAUACAGUCAGUGGGUCAUUAGUUAUUACUCUGAACACUACAGACUUAGAUGAAGGGAUGAAUAGGGAAAUUUCUUAUUUUUUUACUGAUAGCUUAGCUCCUCAUGUCACAAAGAUAUUUAGUAUAAAUUCUGACACUGGGGAGAUCAUAGUGAUUGGAAAAUUGGAUUACGAAGAAAGUAGGUUCUAUGAACUUCCAAUUCUGGCAAAAGAUAAAGGUAAUUUUCCAUUAUCAGGGCAAUGUAAAGUUCUCAUUGAAGUAUUGGACAUGAAUGACAACAUUCCAGAAAUAUCUGUGAAUUCUCUCUCUGUGCCAUUGCCAGAGGACUCCCCUCCAGGGACUGUGGUAGCCAUCAUCAGUGCUUCUGACAGGGAUUCUGGCAACAAUGGACAAAUACACUAUUUCCUCUGGCCCACUGGAGUACCUUUCCAACUCGAGUCCACAUUCAAGAAUUACUACUCCCUAAUUGUUGGAGCACCUUUGGAUAGGGAGCAGGUGACUGAGUACAGGAUGGUUGUGACAGUGGAAGAUCAAGGCGUUCCACCACUGUCUUCUAGCAUCACCAUUUUAGUGCCUUUGAGUGACAUAAAUGAUAAUGCUCCAGCUUUCACUCAGACCUCCUACACAGUCUUUGUGAAGGAAAACAAUCCCCCUGGUGCUCACAUCUUCACAAUGUCUGCCGCAGACCCAGAUAUAGGUGAGAAUGGUCUGAUCUCCUAUUGGAUAGAUGUGAAGCUCUGGCCAUUGUCAAGCUACAUCUCUGUACAUUCGGAGAGUGGAAAACUUUAUGCUUUGCACUCCUUGGACUAUGAGGAGUUGAAACUGCUGGAGUUCCAGGUGAGAGCCAAGGAUGCUGGAAUCCCCUUCUUGUAUGGAAAUGCGACUGUUCAAGUAUUUGUGUUGGAUGAGAAUGACAAUGCACCUGCUGUGUCAAGGUCAUCAGAAGAGAACCCAAUUCUUCUAGUUGUCCCUGUGAUGCCUGGGCAUAUUGUAGGCAAGAUCCAUGCCUUGGAUGUGGAUUCUGGAUACAAUGCAUGGCUAAAAUAUGAACUGGUUGAAGAAAGCAAUAGUCCAUGGUCUGUGGGGCAGUAUAGCGGUGAGGUGAGUACCAAAUAUUCUCUGUAUGAAUCAGAAGGAGGCAAAUUCUACACUGUUCUGCUUCUUGUCAAGGAUCAUGGGGAGCCUCAGCUCUCAGCUACAGCUACCUUGAGUCUGUCACUUGUGACGAAUUUCCAGGCCAUUAAAACAGAUGUUCAUCUCUCCAUGUCAGGAGAGAGCUUCAUGCCUCUGGUGAACUCAAUCAACAUCUAUUUGAUCCUUGCCAUCUGCUCUGUUUCCAGCCUGUUCCUGCUGGCCGUUUUUGUUUAUAUGACUCUACGAUGCCACUGCAAGGCAAAGGAAUCCAUAGUGUAUGGCCCUGGCAUGGCCACCCUGGUGUGUGCCAGUGAGGUGGGCAGCUGGUCCUAUUCCAAUCGCCACAGCCACAUCCUGGCAGGUGUGAAUGUUGAGACUGGUGCCAAGAGUGACCUUAUGAUGUUCAGUCCCAACAUUCCUGUUUCUACAGAUAAUGGGGAACAUAGAAAUGGGAGUGAACUGCUUCCAUAUAUAUCCAGAGAGCCAAAACCACCCAAUCCCGAUUGGCGUUAUUCUGCAUCUUUACGAACUGGAAUGCAAGGUGCUGUACACAUGGAAGAGACAGGAGGCCUGCGUGUUGGAUCAGGAGGACCCGAGCAACAGUGGCCAACAGUAUCCAGUGCAACAACAGAACCUGAAGCUGGUGAAGUGUCCCCUCCAGUGGGAGCUGGUGUGAACAGCAACAGCUGGACUUUCAAAUAUGGGCCUGGCAAUUCCAAGCAGCCAGGCCCAAGUGAGUUGCCAGACAAAUUCAUUAUCCCAGGAUCUCCUGCCAUCAUCUCCAUUCGUCAAGAUCCACCAAAUAGCCAAACUGAUAAAAGUGACUUCAUAACCUUUGGCAAGAAAGAAGAGACCAAGAAAAAGAAGAAAAAAAAGAAGGGAAACAAGGCUCAGGAUAAAAAAGAAAAGACCAACAGCACUACUGACAACAGUGAUCAGUGAAGGGUUUAUACUGAACAAUCAAUUUAGCCAAUUUUUGCAAUUUAGAAGAGCUCUCCCAUGUAGCAACUCCCAAAUUCUUCCUACUGUUAACUAAUUUUCUGUAUGUGCAAGACUUCAAAAAUACUGCAGGGAAUUCACAAUGUCUUUUGCUUGACAGGUUUUGUCUUGAAAGCUUUAUCACACCUGACAUUAACUAUUUUUCUCCACCCUGGCUUAUUUUCAGAUUAUAAAAAAGCAGAUCUGUUUCUUUUCUCCUCCUCUGGAAAAGAAUUUUUUCACAACAUAGCCCAAGCAAAAUUGGAGUCUGUAACCCUAUCCUGAUGACAUAUAUGGGAGUGGAGAGUUAAACAGUUUUGUUAUUGUGCACCUUGUAGCUGAUUGAAAACUCCGGUGCACUGAUGGCUGGCUAAGUGAUGCAAGGUCAGGUUAAUAUGAUGCAAAAGCACUCGCAAAACAUGAACAAAUUAUUUGUUAAAUCAAUGUGCCCGGGGAUCUACUUUAAAUUUGUGAUUAUUUUGUAUUCCAUCAGAUUUAUCCAUGUAUGUUGUGAGCGCAAGCUUUUCUAUAUUUUAUAUGCACACUCCAGCAAAAAAACAAGUUUAACUCAGACAACUCAUAUGAGAAACCAUGAGAUAUGUCUGCUUCCAAGCCAUUGACCAUAUUGCCGCAACAAGGCCUUUGAUCUCCUAGCAAGGAUGUCCCUCAGGGAACGUCUGCAUGGCAACCUCCCAUAUCCUUGACUCGCUACUGUAGAGCUAAACAAGAUGUGUGGAAAAUCUCCCUCUUGGAAAAAAAAAACAUAAGUAACUUUGGAGAGUGGGGAUUCCUUAUUCACAUCUUGUGUGCAGCUGUGUGGAUAGAAGUGUCUACAAUCCAGAUAACUGAAUGUCCCUCUGGGGACAUUGUCCAAGGCUGUUAUGAAACCACCAUACUGACAAGCUCUCAGAGUUUAACAAAGGAAUUAAGGGCUGACAUCUCAGGAAUGUAAAUGACUGUGAUGUUUCCUUUAUGUCCUUGUUUCCACUCUAUUUAACAUUCCUUUGCACAUAGCAUCUCUGAAAAUAUCAGAGUAUUUCCAUAAAACAUAUGCAAAAAUAUAAAAGGAAGUAGUCUUAUCCAUGCUAUUAGUGAUUUAAUAUAUUUAUAAAGGGAGAAUCGCUGUAAAUGAAGAAAUAUUAUGUCCUUUACUCCCAAACCGAAGUAAAUUUACAGCCAUUAGAAAAUAUAAUUGCUGCUAAUAAAGUGCUUUAGAAAAAAUGCCUGAAACACUGUAUUAUAUCUGGCAAUCACCGCUUUAUUAUAUCAGGUCACUAGAUUGGGAAUGGGGACUGCCUCUUGCAUGCAUUAAAGAAAUACAAGAUUUUCUUACUCUCAUUUUGCUUUCCUUAUUCUGCACUUUGAGUACACUCCUUUUGUAAUAAUAAUAAUAAUAAUGAUAAUAAUAAUGAUAAUAAUAAUAAUAAUAAUCAGGGGAAGUGGAAAAAAAUUCUUUCUCACCAAGCAACUUUACUAAUCUGCUAGCUCUGUUCAGUGUCUUGAUGUAUUUGCCUACAUGAUCUUCUUGGGUUUAGUUUCUCUAAGAUUUUAUGAAUUUCUGACCCUUCAAAUUAUUGCUUAUUAUGUAAAAUUAAAGUACUGUAUGUAUGCAACAUGCUCUUAUAAGCAUCCUAAAAUAUUUAUUCUGUGCUUAUGUAUGUAAAUGUCAAUGCAACUAUUAUCUAGUGUGGACAUUAAGCUUUAGUAGUUGAAUGUAAAUCUAUUAUUUUUUUGUACAUUUGUGAACAAGUGGAGUAGUGUUAAUAUUUUUAAGCACUGUUAGUGACCAGUUUUUGUGUAUGAAUUGAAACACAAGUAAAAUACCUUUCUUAAAUCAAGAAA